UAAACUUUGAAUGUCAAUAUUGCGUUAUUUUUUCAAUUUUUAAAUCGAAUUACUGCAAAUUUCCGGGAAAAACAAGUCUAAAAGUGCAGCUCGGUCGUACCGAAACGCGAAUUCGCUGAAAAUCGAUCGUGAAUCGUGUUAUUUUUCCCUAAAAUAGCAAAAAUUCCCUGACGCAUUGUUUGAGCGCGUCUUUUCUUGUUAUCACUUGCAGUAGAUGCCGAUAACAAAGCACAAAAAUGGAGAAUUACAAUCAAAUGAUGAACAAUGAGUACAAUAAUAUGGUGUACCAGAGUCAGAUGCCGGUGGCAGAGCAACCGCAGCCCCCAGAACAGAUUCCCGAACUCUUGCCGGAGCACGAAAAAGUUGCAACAAAUGAAGUUUUUGAGCAAGAACAACCACCACCACCGACACAAGCGUACGAGCCAGCAAGUAAUUUAGAGGCCCAAGAAGAGCUUCUGGCACAAAAUCAUCAGGAACAAUUGCAACAAGAGCCAGCAGCAGAAACGUUUCCUGAAGAAAAUGCACCUGCUGAACCGAUGGAUGCAACGGAUGCCCCAAACACGACUGAAGAAGUAGUUCCGAAUGAAGUAGCUGAGCAACAACAAGAAGAGACCGUAGUUAAUCAAGAAACUGCAGCCGCUGAGAACACGGAACAAGACACGGAAACGAAAACUGAAGAAAAUGAGACGGAACCGGUCAAAGAGGAAGUUGAGGAAAGCCAAGAGCCAGUUGAGGGAACGUCGGAGCCCCCGAAGCCAAAAGAGCCGAAAAUCGAUCCGGAACAAUGUCGAGCAUGCACAUCACGCGACAACCUUCAAAAUAUCUUCGACUUUAAAGGACAACAAAUGAUAGCAAAUUUAGUGAAAAUAAUUUGUCCGCAAAUGCGAAUCAGCGCAACGGAUUCGUUGCCGAACAAAAUUUGUGCUUCAUGCGUCGAAAAGGUGUAUGCGGCAUGGGAGUUCAAACAAGUUGCCGAACAGACAGACAAAAAUUUCCGUGCAUGUCUGAGACGAGGUGUAAAUAAGCGUCGCAAUGCAGGCGACUACAUCCUGCUCGAUGCCAAAGUGGCACUUUUGAGCAGCAGCGAGGACGAUGAGGAUGCCAUGAUGCAAGACGACGAUGAAUUUCGCGUGUCCAAAAGCGAAGUGUCCGAAUCCGAGUCUGUGUCGAGUGUUGACAGUGAUUUCAAGCCUAAAAAGAAGUACUACAAAAAGGUAAAGAAGUCAAAGCCUGGGCGGAAGAAGAAAAAGGCGCCACCUGCUCCGCCGGCACCGGGAAAACGAAAGGUAGGAAGACCACCGACAAAAUCGCUGGCGACAACCGCAAAACCCACCCCAAAAAAGAGUUACAAAUCGAACGUGGUAUAUAUCGAGGCAGACGACGAUGACGACAGUGAUGGCGCUCCGUUGAAAAAGAAAAAGAAAAGAGCGACAGGCGUAGCAGCAGAACGAUCGACCUUGCCAUGUCCGCAUUGCGAUAAGGUGUUCGGGAACAGUCACGCGCUGCGCGAACACUUGAAAUCGCAUGCCGUCGAAAAAUUUGUCUGCAAAUUGUGUGACAAGCAGUUCAAGUUGAAAGUGAGCUUAGAUGCACACAUGCAACGGCAUCGCGAGGAAAAGGAGAAAUCGGAAAGUGCGUCAAAGGCAAAAGUGAAAGUCGUCAAGGUUCCGUCGCCGGUCGUGAGAAAAGUAGCUCCCGCACCGACGCCGAAAACCGUGACCGUGAGUAGUACCAAGAAGAAGGAAAGUGAGCCAUCAACCGGGAAAGAUCUCUUCAAGACGUGCGCACCACUAACAUCCACCUACUGGAGUGACAGUUUUUCCGAUUAAAAUCGCUACAUGAGAGAGGAAAAUAAAGUGCAAAUACAAACAGUGACAAAUGUAUUGAUCAAUUUUUAUAUUAAAAAAAAGAAAAAUUUAGACCUAAAAUUAAGAAAAAAAAAGUAAAAUAUUAUAAAAAUCAGUCAAAAUUAAUAAAAAUUAGCAGUAAAGUAGAUUAGUUCAAUUUCAAUUGAUUUCUUUUGAAGUACGCCUAAUUUAAGUUCGUAUGUUUGGUAAAAAGAAAAAAUUAUUUGUGUCAUUAAAUUACAUUUGUAGAUAUUUACGAACAAAACAAACCUUUUAUUACGUAUAAAUAAAAUCUAA